AUGGACUACCAAUGCGUGGUUGUUUACACGGUCAUCAACAUCGCACCCCCCAAAUUCUCUCAAGAUAUCCCGAACGGGUGCGUCGACUGGUUCAAAAAUAAAGUUAAAAGGGCGAUAGCAGUAUAUCUCCAAUCUUUGAAGCAUUCGCCAAACAAUGGCAUCAUACAUGGCAACUUGGCAUGCCUCUACUAUAAACAAGGUUUCAUCGAUCUCGCAAUAGAUACUUAUCGCCAAGCUAUAGAACUUCAACCAAAUUUCCCUGAUGCUUAUUGCAACCUUGCCAAUGCACUCAAAGAGAAAGGAUUGGUCAAGGAAGCCGAGGAGUGCUACAACAAAGCCUUGUCUCUAUGCCCAUCUCAUGUAGAUACUCUAAAUAAUCUUGGCAAUGUCAAAAGGGAACAGGGCAAAAUUGAAGAAGCUACUAACUUAUAUAUGAAAGCGUUAGAAGUAUUUCCAAAUUUUGCAGCUACUCACAGUAAUUUGGCAUCGCUUCUACAACAGCAAGGCAAACUUAAAGAAGCCUUAUUUCACUAUAGAGAAGCGAUAAGUAUUCAACCUAAAUUCGCAGACGCCUAUAGCAACAUGGGAAAUACUUUACGGGAAAUGCAGGAUACAAAGGGCGCUUUGAUCUGUUUUAAAAAAGCUAUAGAAAUAAAUCCUCAAUUCGCUGACGGGCAUUGCAACUUGGCUAGUAUUUACAAAGAUAUGGGUAAUGUCACUGAAGCGAUUGUAUCAUAUAAGAAUGCUUUGAAAAUAAAACCCGAUUUUCCAGACGCUUACUGCAAUUUAGUUCACUGCUUACAAAUAAUUUGCGAUUGGGACGACUAUGAAGAACGUAUUCGAAAUAUAAUAAUGAUAUUAGACAAUCAAUUAUUACAUAGUGAUAAAUUAACUUCUGUCCAUCCUCAUCAUUCCAUCUUAUAUCCAUUGUCAAAUAGAGCAAGAAAAGAAAUAGCAGCACGACACGGCAAUUUAUAUUUAGAAAAAGUUCGAAUGCUCACAACAACUGCUUUUAAUCACGCUAAUAAACUAAAAAACGAUCGAUUAAGAAUUGGUUACGUUAGCAGUGAUUUUGGUAAUCAUCCUACAUCUCAUCUUAUGCAAUCAAUACCAGGAUUGCAUAAUCGGAUGAACAUAGAAAUAUUUUGUUAUGCUCUAAAUCCAGACGAUGGAACCACAUUCCGUAGUAAGUUAAUGAAAGAAUCUGAACAUUUUGUUGAUUUGUCACAAAUAACAUGUAACAUUGAAGCUGCUAGAAAGAUAUAUAGUGAUAAUAUAGAUAUUUUAGUUAAUAUGAAUGGAUAUACAAAGGGUGCGAGAAAUGAAAUAUUUGCUUUGAGACCUGCUCCUGUACAGGUCAUGUGGCUUGGUUAUCCAGGGACCAGCGGUUCUGGUUACAUGGAUUAUGUAAUAACUGAUGAGAUCUCAAGUCCUUUAUCGACAUCUUCAGAUUUCAGCGAAAAAUUUGCCUACAUGCCAUACACAUAUUUUAUUGGCGACCAUAGACAAAUGUUUCCACAUUUAAAAGUGCGAUACAAUGUAAAUAUAAAAGACGAACAAACAAAAGGAUCCAGUAUAGGUGUAAUAAACACAUCAGAAAAUUACGAUAUUGACGAAAAUUUCGAAGUAAGGUAUAGAGAAGAUGUUAUAACAUUUAAGAAUUUGGAACCAAUAAAUGUAAUUAUAAGUGAAAUAGACAUUCCUAGACAUAUUAUUGAUUGGACAAGAAAUCCAAAACUGGAAAAGGUAUACGUAAAUAGCACAGCUAUAGAAAACGGCUUAUCUAUUGAGAUGCGUAACAGAAGAGUAGCUUCAGGAGAAGAAAUAUAUAAUAAUAUUAUAUUAACAUCGAGGAAACAAUAUGGACUUCCGGAAGAUGCUAUAGUAUUUUGUAAUUUUAACCAAUUAUACAAAACUGAUCCUCAAACAAUAGAAACUUGGGUUAAUAUUUUGAAAAAGGUCCCAAACAGCGUUUUGUGGCUUUUGAGUUUCCCAGUAGCUGGUGAGCCAAAUCUACGAAAAUAUGUUCAAAAAUUAGGAAUUCCACAAGAACGAGUGAUAUUUUCUAGAAUUUCUUGUAAAGAAGAACACGUACGGAGAGGUCAAUUGGCGGAUGUUUGCUUAGACACGCCUCUGUGUAAUGGACAUACGACUACUAUGGAUAUUUUGUGGACGGGCACACCUGUUGUUACUUUGCCAGGGGAUACUUUAGCAUCCAGAGUGGCAGCUUCACAACUGAAAGCUUUACAGUGCCCUGAGCUUAUAGCUAAAGAUAGAGAACAUUAUGAAGAAAUAGCUGUGACACUAGGAACCAAUAGAAAUUAUCGCAGAUAUAUUCAAGCCAAAGUUUCCAAAGCACGCUAUAUAAUAAGAAAAAUUAAGAUUUAUUCAGAUAGAGCUAUCGUGGACUUAAUCGUUCAUCAUCCAGAAUGGCCAAGAGAAGUAAAUUAUCGUCCAAUAUUAAAAAUGUUAAUGUGUCAA